AUGUCGACAACAUCAGCCCCCGCGCCUCAGCUUGAGAAGAAGCCCGUCAAGUUCAGCAACCUGUUAUUGGGUGCUGGCUUGAACUUGUUCGAGGUCACCAGCUUGGGACAGCCGCUGGAAGUGAUCAAGACAACCAUGGCCGCGAAUCGGGGCGACAGCUUCGCCGGUGCUAUGGGUCGGAUUUGGGGCCGUGGCGGGAUCCUCGGUUACUACCAAGGACUCAUUCCGUGGGCCUGGAUUGAGGCCUCCACUAAGGGCGCUGUUCUCCUGUUCGUCGCUUCCGAAGCUGAGUUCUACGCUCGCUCAUUCGGUGCGAAUGACUUCGUCGGCGGUAUUAGCGGUGGUAUGGCCGGUGGUAUUGCUCAGGCUUACGCUACUAUGGGCUUCUGUACUUGCAUGAAGACUGUCGAGAUCACCAAGCACAAGAUGGCUGCCACGGGUGUCAAGCCCCCUGGUACCUUCGCUACCUUCAUGGAUAUCUACCGCAAGGAGGGUAUCCGCGGUAUCAACCGUGGUGUCAACGCUGUGGCUAUCCGUCAGACUACCAACUGGGGUUCCCGUUUCGGUCUUUCUCGUCUGGCUGAGUCUGCCAUUCGUAAGGUCAGCGGCAAGGACGAUGGCCAGAAGCUGUCUGCUGCUGAGAAGAUUCUCGCCUCCAGUCUGGGUGGUGGUCUGUCCGCAUGGAACCAGCCCAUUGAGGUCAUUCGUGUUGAGAUGCAGAGCAAGACUCCUGAUCCCAACCGUCCUAAGAACUUGACUGUUGGCAAGACCUUCAAGUACAUCUACGACAACAACGGCAUCCGUGGUCUCUACCGUGGCGUGGCUCCCCGUAUUGGUCUGGGCAUCUGGCAGACUGUCUGCAUGGUGGCUCUUGGUGACAUGGCUAAAGAGGCAGUCGAAAAACUGACUGGCGAGGCCGUCACCGCGAAGCACUAG